UGUAGGUAGUAGUACACGAGGAUUAGAGGAGAGUGUGAAAUUAUUUCCUUAAGAUCUUCCACCAAAUACUAGUCGACUAUUUGCAAGAGGGGCCGCCCCGCCCCGCCCCGCCACCCACGACACGCCCAGCUUCGCUUGGCUACUGUUCUUGGCAUCUUCUUAUGUCUUCUAUAUUUGUCACACUUCCAAGUCCUUUCUUCAAAUAAACCUCUCUCUCUCUCUCUCUCUCUCUCUCUCUCUCUCUCAAACGCGUUUGUCAUACUCAAUUCAAGAAAACCAAGACCAUGAAGCGAAAGGUGGUGGUUAAAUUGUGCUCCAUGAAUGGGCAGAAGUCGCGCUCCAAGGCCCUCAAGAUUGUUGUUGGUGUUUCAGGGGUUGAAUCAGCAACUCUAAAGGAACAGGACCAAAUAGAGGUAACCGGAGAAGAUAUCGACGCGGUUGCAAUCGCGAUGUCGUUGAGAAAGAAAGUAGGCUUUGCCGAUCUGGUAGCGGUGGAGGAGAAGAAAGAGGAGAAGAAAGAGAAAACCGAAAACAAGGAAAAGGAGCCUACAAUACCGCAAUUGGCUUUCCCUGCGCCUUAUUAUGUGCAGGAGAUUAAGUACGGCAGCGAUGACCCUGCUUGCUGUUCCAUCAUGUGACUUUGGUGCACAAAAUCAAGAGAAGAAUGUUGAUAUUGGACUGGAGCAUCAUGAAUUCUCUCUCUCUCUCUCUCUCUCUCUCUCUCUCUCUCUCUCUCUCUCUCGUUUGGACUAAUAAAUAAUUUUCCCAUAAUGGCAUAAUGAGUAAUACCUUAUUUUGGGACUUA